UUCCGCUGUGAAUUUCCGCGCCAUGAGAUGCCAGCCUCACGGUAUGCUGGUAGUGAUUUUGGAAUGGUGUCAUAGUGCUGCCAGCGCUGACAAUCAAUUUUGGAACAUAGCCAUUAUAACCUCAGUAAACAAUUUCAUUAUACUAUUAUCGCUAAAAAUGUCUUGUAAUCCAUAUUUAGAUAUGGAAAUUCGAAAAUUGAGACCUGCUGAAUUAUAUACUUUAGGAAAUAUAUUAAGCAUUUCUGAUUCGUGGAAGAAAUUGAUGGCUAUUGUGACUAAAGAAGGAAAUGUACCUAAAUUUAAUAAUGAUCAUAUCAGAAUCAUUGAACAAAUAGCACAUAAAGAUAAACGCAAUGCAGCUCAAAUAUUUUUGGAUGAGUGGUGUACUAUGGGAAAAAAAAGACCAACAUUAGAAUUAUUAUUGGAACUUCUCAUAAAAGCCGAAUUAUUUAGAGCUGCUGAUUAUUUGGCAUGUGAUAUUUUAAAACAAGACAGACCAAAAAGACCAGAUAAUGGUCCAGCUGCUUCUAUCGAUAUAAGUGAUGCAGCCAUAGAUAAAUUAUUAGAUAAACAACUUUCACAGCAUGCAUUUGCUAAUUCUGUGAUAGUAGGAUCAAUAUCAGAACUCACUGAAGGGAUUAAUGAAAUGUGCCCUUCUGCAGACAUACAAAAAAUGCAAAAUGAUGAAGAAUUUAGUUAUAAUGAAUCAUUAUCAUCUCGAGAUUUGCCAGUAGUUAUAAAUAACUUACAGAGAAGUUCUCAAUAAAAAAAAA